AGCAACAGUAUGUGGGCUUCAUCUCUGCUGGCAUCAGCUUGCUAAACCCCAGCAUGCCAUCCAGCUGCCUGUCCAGCCAUCUUCUGCAAUCUGCAGGAAGCAAGGCCCUGUCCUCUGGAGGCUGGAAUCCCAGCCAAAGGCAGGGGCAUUUGCAUUUGUCCUAGGCAAGAGUCUGUUUUCCCCAGAAGGUGUUUCAACCCUGUCAGUACCAUUUUGAUUGCCCAUUCUGGCCUCCAGUGCUCUUUGGUGUCAAUUGCAGCCAUCAGUAAGCAGCCUCUCCACUCCAUCACUGAAGUCCCCAGUGAAACAGUAAUGGGUAUAUGCCCCUGCAGGCAGCCUGUUGUGUGGCACUGCUUUUGCACCUCCUCCACUGCCAGUGGGAGCAGCAUCUGGGACAGUGUCAUCAGUCCUGCUCAAACCUGCUUUUGCCUCCUUGAUGACAAAGCCCAGUAGCUGGAUAGAGAAGGAAGUGGGACCCAGCGCACACAACUGUUGGUCAGCACAGGGCAGGAUAGAGUCAGAGCAGCCACUCCAUGUCCUUGCAGCCCCCAACAGCCUGCUCUGCCCUAUCUUGCCCUGCCCCACACAGGGGCCUCCCUGGUUUCUCAGGGGAUGUUUUUCUUCCUACUCCAGCCUCCCGGCAUGCCGGUAGCCACAAGGGCAGGACGUGCUGCCUAUCUGAUAGGAGCAGUCUCUCUUGGCACUGUGGCUGGCGGUGGAGGGGCCGUGGCAUGGUGGUUUUGGGCACAGGGAAGUGCCGGUGAUGGGGCAGGGGGAGCCUCCAACCAGGCUUCCUGAGCUGCACAGCCGCCACUUCCCAGAUAAAGGUAUCACCCAGAGGAGCCGCAGCAGCUCCCAGCAGGGUGCUGGGAAGGGCCAAGCGCAGCACACACGGCCUCGGCACACGGGUUGCAGGAUGGCAGCUUGCCUGUGCCGGGGCCGGCUGCUCCCUCUGCUUCCUGCUGUUCUGCUCAGCUUCCACAGCCCGCUGUUGGCAACCGAGCCAGUGACAUCCCAAGAUGCUGCACUGCUGGUAGGGGUGCCUGAGGACAUCCUCUGCUUCACCCGCUCCUUUGAGGACCUUACCUGCUUCUGGGAUGAUGAUGAUGAGGAGGAGGAGGCAGCGAGCAGGAUGUGCCACUUCUACUACUGGGACAUGCCCACAGCAUGCACAAUCUCCACAUGGCGUCAUGGGGCCAGCAGGACACGGCACGUCUGCAUCUUCCCCAGCCAGGAUGUGCGGCUCUUCACCCAGCUCCACCUCCGCGUCCUGGACGCCACCAGCAACCAGACCAAGUACUGGCGGGACCUCAGCGUGGAUGCGGUGGGUCUCAUCGCUCCCCCAGUGAACAUCACGGCCCGCUGGGCUGGGGUUGCAGGGCAGCUCUAUGUGUCCUGGCAGCCACCACUCACCGACUUCCUGAACUUCUUCCUCUAUGAGGUGCAGUUCUGCCCUGCCAGCUCCUCAACCAUGUCCUGCAGCACCGCAGCAGGGCAGCACCCUGGGGACCCCUCUGUCGACCCAGCCAUCAGCACCCAUGCACCCACCACCGGGGCAGCUGCAGCCUCCCCGGGAGCGGGGCAGGGGCUGGUCCAGGCCAACACCUGGGUGGUUCUCCGGAACCUGCGGCCAGGGGUGAGGUACCAUAUCCAGGUGCGCAGCAAGCCUGACGGCACCUCCAUGGAUGGUGUCUGGGGACCAUGGUCGCAGGCAGUGGCUGCGGAGACACCCCACUCCUCCGGAGACAUCGGGCUGUGCUGCAGCACCUCUGACCUGCAGCAUGUGCGCUGUGAGUGGAGCUGGGACACUGCAGAGCCCCCCAGCUCCCACCAACUCUUCUACCAGCAACCUCCAAGCGGGGCUGGCACAAGGGAAGAUGCAUGGCAGCAGUGUAAGGAGGUGAGCGUGGAGACACUGGGCUCCCACACCUGCACGUUCCAGCCCAGGGUUGACAGUGCCAUCUCUGUCCUGGUGAAUGUCACCCAGCCCCAUCCACUGUCCACACUCAGCUACUUCAAGGAGCCCUUCUGGCUGCACCAGGCUGUGCUCACAGAAGCCCCACAGAUUGUGCAGGCAACAGUAUCACAGGGCCAGCUGAGCCUGCAGUGGCUACCACCCCUGGAGGUGCUGGCAGAGCACCUGGACUACCAGGUCCGCUAUGCUGUGCAGAACAGCCAUGACUGGAAGGUCCUGCAGGUCCCGCAGGCAGCCAGGAAAGAAGUCCUGGAUUUACGUCCAGGCGCCCAGUACCAUGCCCAGGUGCGGGCCCAGCCCAGUGGGCCAUGGUACCAGGGCAGCUGGAGCGCCUGGUCCAAGCCUGUCGUGGUUGAUGCCAUGGUCGAUGCGGGUAAGGAACAGGGCAAAAGCAGAGGCUGCAGCCAUCAGAGCCAGAGGCUACAGUGCCAGCAUUCCUCCGAUGCAGGCUGGACCAUCCCCAGUGUUACGCUGGUGCUGCUGCUCUUCACAGGAGUGCUCCUGGGCCUGCGGUGCACCUUCCCCUCCCUCUACAGCAACAUGAAGCAAAAACUCUGGCCCCCCGUCCCCGACCUGCACCGCGCACUGGGCAGUUUCCUCCACGAAAGCAGCAAGCACGGCCAGGCCAACACCUUCUACAAGCAGCCGCCGGAGGAGGCCGUCCUGCCCUGCCUGCUGGAGGUGCUGCCCGGCCCGCGGGGGGACGCGGGCUCGCCGCCGCCGGAGCACGCUGCGGACCGGCUGCCCAGCACCGACAUCGCCAACCAGUCCUACCUGCUCAUGAGCGGCUGGGAGCCCCGCGGGCCGCCCUGAGCCCCCCGCCCUGCCAUAAACGACACGCACAAACACACGGUCUCCUCUCCCGUUAUCCACGCCCCGGGCACACAGGGGAGAAACGCGACACUACCCACCCAGCCGCGGGGCUGCCACCCACCCGGCACCCGUAGCCGCCCCGCAGGGAGAGCCCCGCCCCGCCCCGCAGAUCAGCCAAUCACGAUGUGGUGCGCGGUGAUCGCCAUGGCAGCGGGGAGCGGCUGGGUUUGA